AUGGAACCCGAUAGGAUCCCCACUCAUCCUCCUAUUCUUGGACCCUCCGCACAGAAUCACAUGUCUGCUUCAAUGAUGUCUCACAUAGACCCAGUACGCCCCACCAACAGGAACUUAAGAGAGCUGCAAGAGGGCUUUACGGGCGACCUUUCUGCGCUGCAGCGGGCGAUGCAUUCAUUUUUAUCUUCAGAUGAACUUAUUGCCUCCAUAAAGGAUCGUAUCGAGCGCGGGAAAAGCUGCGUUGAUAUCGAUUUACUUACCCUUCACAAUAGCCCUGACGACUCUCAUCGGAUGCUCUACACCACCUUACUAACAACUCCGGACGUGUUUCAAGUCUUCGACCUAGUUCUCCACCAGGUCGCGCUCUCCAUUGUCGUGCAAAUGCGUGACGAGCAUUUGAAGAGGCUCUGGGAUGAAAACCCCAAUAUUUCCAGAGACGUCUUCCUCAGUAGCACUCAGUACAAGAAUGCAAUCAGUUACUACUCGAGAGUCGCUAACAACUUGCACCUUCGCUGUUACCCUGUCAACUUCCCCGAAGACGAUAGCCAGUCCCUCCGAACCCUAGGACCCAUGCAUGCAGACAGUCUGAUCUCCGUCAGUGGGAUGGUUAGCAACAUCUCCUCGAGGGUUCCGGAGAUGGUAGAGGCGUGCUUCCAGUGCACUGUUUGCAAGGACGUGAAGAAGGCCAGUGUCAAGCGUGGGAAGAUAAUAUCGCCAAUACAAUGCACUAACUGCGACAGUCUCCAGAGCAUUGAAAUCGUUCACAAUAUGUGCACCUUUAUUGAUAAACGGGUCAUCAAGAUACAGGAGGCCCCAGAUCAGUUGACAUCGGGCACACCGCCAAUCUCCUGCAGCUUUGUCGCCUACGAUCUUGAUUUAAGUGGAAUUAGGCCUGGAGACCGCGUUGUUGUCGUUGGGAUUUACCGCCUCCGACAGACACGCCCGAAGCAGUCUCAGGCAGUGUGUAACGCGGCGCUUAGACCUGUCAUAGAGUUGCUAUCCAUAUUUAUCUCUGACUCAGCUGCAACAGAUAGCUAUCUAAGUGCCAAGAAAGAUAGUGACGUAACUGAUUACGAAAGACUAAAAUCUCUCGAUCCAAAUACGUCCUACGCUGAGUACUAUAAUCACGUGACACGUUUAUUCCCAGAUAUGAUCCCAGAAACAGAUUCUGGAAGCGACAAGCGCUUCUUGAAGCUUAUCAAUUCAAUUGCUCCCAGCAUUUUUGGGCCAGCUUACUCUGAUAUCAAAACUGGGCUUCUUCUCCAAUGUUUUGGAGGCGUACAGAAGGAUUCAUAUAGAGGCCAAAUACAUGUUCUGUUGGUUGGAGACCCCGGCCUGGCCAAGUCAAAGCUGUUGCAAUAUGUAGCCAAGAUUUCACCGCGUUCGGUCUAUACUAGCGGUAAAGGUUCUUCGCAAGCUGGACUGACAGCAACUGUGUCCCGGCACCCUGAAACGCACGAGUUCUACUUGGAUCCAGGCGCCCUUUUACUCUCCGAUGGCGGAAUAUGCUGUCUUGAUGAAUUUGACAAGUCUUCUGAAGAUGUACGCUCCUCGCUGCAUGAGGUAAUGGAGCAUGGUCAACUUUCCAUUGCGAAGGCAGGGAUACUGGCUACCCUUUCAGCCAAAACAUCUAUUCUAGCUGCAGCCAAUCCCAUCGACUCUUGCUACAAUCCAAAGCGUACAGUCGUACAAAACCUAAAUCUUCCCCCAUCACUGUUGAGCAGGUUUGACCUCAUUUAUCUCCUUCUCGACAAUCGACACGACACAGAGGCCGAUCGCGCGCUUGCUAGUUGGCUUGUAAGCAUGUACAUAAGCUCAGGGCAAGCAGAGCAUUCCGGACACCUAUCCAGCAAGAACACCGCUGCCGCUACGCCUGAUGCAUGGGACCCGCAGGUCCUUCGUCAAUACAUCUACUUUGCGCAAAAGCUAUCUCCGGUGCUUUCUAAGUCGGCGCAAGAUGCGCUUCUACUGUCGUACAACCAGUUGAGAAGCGGGUCGUACUCUGCGUCAGGACGCAUCACCGCCACGCCCCGGCAGCUUAUGAGCCUUAUACGUCUUGCAGAAGCACGUGCACGCAUUCGCUUCUCUAAUUUCGUAACAGCAAACGAUAUUUUAGAGGUUUCACGUCUCAUGACAAGGGCCAUGCAUCUCGCGAUGACCGAUCAAAGUGGGUUUAUCAACAUGGAUAUCUUUGCUGAGACAGGGGGCACUAGCGAGGCGGCUAGCUUGGAUAUGCUUUGUAGGGCCAUUAUAAGGUAUAAGAGCCAGCGGAUAGCCGAGCUACAAUCAGUGGAGAAUGAAGAACAAUUGACUGUGACUGUUCUGGAGCUUCUAGCCAAUAUGAACAGAGGACUUUCGACAGACCAGAUCUCGACGGGGGAGUCGGUAUCUUCAGAGUUGCUCAACACGGCAUUGGACACACUUGUAAGCCAGGGGCUGAUCGUCAGGAACGGUGACGACGUUAUCUUCAUCUGA